AUGAGUACAAAGAAUGACUUGAGAGCUUUGAUGAACAAAGCAAAAGCAAAUGCAUCCGAAAAAAAAGUUGUAGCCACAAAACAAAUAGAUUCACCUUUUGCCAAAUAUAAUUCAGCAGGUAAAUUAUCAUGUGUAAUUUGUAAUCUAAAUAUCAACAAUGAGUCAAUGUGGACUGCUCAUUGCAAUUCAAAUAAACAUAAAGAAUCACUUGAUCAACUGAGCAAGCAAAAACAAUCAAUUACAAAACAGCAACAACCACAACAACAAUCGAAUACACCUAAAAGACAAAUAGAUUCAACACAUAUAGAUAAUAAUGGCAAUAAUAGUAGUAAUGAAACUAAAAAAGUUAAACUAGAUGUAAAUAAUAAUAAUGAAAGUAAAAAGAGUAAUAAUAAUAACAACAACAAUAAUACAGAUAUACCAAAAAGUUUACCAAGUAAUUUCUUCAGUUCAUAUACCGACGACGAUGAUGAUGAUGAAAAAGAACAACAAACUGACAACAAUAAAGAUCAAGAAGAAGAAGAACCAGUUACAAAAAGCAACAGUGUUAUACCGUCAGGUUUCUUUGAUAAUCCAGAGGAACAAACUCAAGCAGAGAAAGAAAUAGAAGCAAUCGAAAAUGAAAAAGCACUAGAUGAUGGUUUAAGAGAAUUUGAUGAUGCAAUCAAAACAGCAGAGUUGAACAAUGCCGCAAAUACAACAGAUCAGAAUCAAAUCACCAACAUCAAUACAGAAGAACAGACAAUAGAUAACAAUGAAGAUAUAGAUGAUAAACUUUUGAAUCAAGUUGAAAAUACUGAAAAAGAUGAAAUGUCAUCAAAGAUAGAUUUUCUCAAGUCUUUGAAAAACAAAGUACUAACAUUAAGGAAUAAUAACAAUGUUUCAACUUCUAAACCAACAACAGCAACAACAACAGUACCAACAAAAAAUAAUGUAAAGAAAGAAGAAAAGGAAGACGACAAUGUAGACAAUGACGACGAAGAUGAUGAAGAAGAUUUGGAUGUUGAUCAACUAUUUAAAUGGGGAUCAAAAAAUUUAGAAUAA